AUUGGUUUCACUCGCUUUCUCUCUGUAUCUCAGUUUCUGCUUUGUUUCCAUUCCAUGUGCACCUUACUUCCUAACCCUGCACCUUCUCUCUCUCUCUCACACACACACACACUUUCUCUCUCUUCUCUCUCUCUCUCAGCUCCUCAAAGAUUUACGGGUUGCUUCUGCUCUUUUGUGAUCGAUUUAAACUUUGACUGCUAUAGUUUUUGGCCCAUACAAGCAAACGAGAUGGUGAAGUGAUGUGAAGUUGACAAAAACAGGCAGAAAUAAGAGUGCCAAACCAGUAUGCAUUACACCAAAGUGAAUUACUGCAAGCUCAAUCAGUCAAUCCCACUCAUUCUCCUUCUAUUGGUGUGGGACAGAAUAGUAAAAGAAAGCAGAGCUGUGGCACUGGACUUGUCUUAAAGAGCAUAGGUUUUGUCCCUUCUUAUAUAAGCAAUGGUUGCAGAAUCAUGGUUUCGCAGUCUGUGGAAAGCUCCUCGGAAGCAUGAUGCCAAUUCCGAGAAGGUGGUCAUUGAAGUAUUAGCAUUUGAAAUAGCAAGCUUGAUGUCCAAGCUAGUUAAUUUAUGGCAGUCUUUGAGUGAUAAACAGAUUGUUAGAUUUAGGGAGGAAAUCACAAAUUCGGUGGGCAUAAAAAAGCUUGUCUCAGAUGAUGAUAAUUUUAUUGAACGUUUGAUCUGUUUGGAGAUACUUGAGAACAUGGCACACGUGGCCGAGUCUGUGGCUAGGCUUGCUAAGAAAUGCAGUGAUCCAAUUUUGAAAGGUUUUGGGAAUGCCUUUUAUGAGUUUAUCACUACAGGCAGUGAUCCAUAUGGGUGGGAAUUCACUGGCAAGAAGAUGGAAAAAAAGAUUAAAAGGAUGGAAAAGUUUAUAUCAACUAAUGCAAGUUUGUAUCAAGAGAUGGAAGUGCUUGCUGAUCUUGAGCAAACUUUUACAAGAGUGAAGGCUAAUGGUGAGUCAGAUGGUGUAACUUUAAUGGAGUAUCAGAAGAAGGUUGCAUGGAAGAGGCAGGAGGUGAAGCACUUACAGGAUAUUUCUUUGUGGAACAGGACAUAUGAUUACACAAUACUUCUUUUAGCCAGAUCCUUAUUCACAACAUUCUGUAAGAUCAACCAUGUAUUUGGACUUACAGAGAUGGUGGAUGUUGGCAGGACCACUAAUUCAAGUGUCUUAAAUUCAGAUUUCGUUUACAGAAGUCAAUCGGUUUCUACGAUAUUGCAAUCUUCAUUCCACCCAUCACAUAAUAAUGUUGCCAGGUUUUCUUCAGGACCCCUCAAUGCUAUUACUGCUAGAUCAGGUCCAAUUGGUCGAACAACAAAUAAAACAAGCAUUUCUCAUUCAGGUCCUCUUGGUGACUCAUCCACAAAGUCAGGCCCCAUUUUAGGAAAGCAAACAACAAAUGCCAAUUUUUACUCAGGUCCUCUUGGAAGGAAAUUCAAUCAAUCAGUCCCAGUUACCGGAAGAAAUAAAAAGAGCAAGAUUUGGAGGUUUUAUGGACACUCUGUUGCCAUAAGUGGGAAGGAAACUACCACAAGACCCAGUCGACUGACUCAAGUAGGACCUUUCAAAGGAUGUAUGGCUUGGGACAGUUCCAUAUUCACUGACUGCCAGUCAAGUGCUAGUGGUGUUCAUUAUGGAACGCAGAAUCCCAAAGAUGUUAAUUCAAACCCUCUUGUUCCUGGAAAAGUAGUUAAUCAUACUGAAUCAGUCUUCAAACCUCUUCGCAAGCUAUUAAAUCCUCCAUCUGAAACCCUGGGUGCUGCUGCUCUAGCACUGCACUAUGCAAAUGUUAUCAUUGUGAUUGAGAAGCUAGCAGCUUCUUCACACUUGAUUGGUCUGGAUGCAAGAGAUGACCUGUACAACAUGUUACCAAGACGUGUGAGAGCUUCCCUAAAGGCCAAGCUAAAGCCAUAUACCAAGACCAUGGCAGCAUUGUCAUCAUCAAUCUAUGACCCAAGUCUAGCAGAAGAAUGGAAUGAAGCAAUGUCAAGCAUACUUGAAUGGCUGGCACCACUUGCUCAUAACAUGAUAAGAUGGCAGUCUGAGAGAAGUUAUGAGCAGCAGAGCUUUGUUUCCCGGACAAAUGUGCUGCUGGUACAGACCCUUUACUUUGCAAACCAAGAAAAGACAGAAGAAGUAAUCACUGAGCUUCUUGUGGGACUGAAUUAUGUCUGGAAAUAUGGUAGGGAGCUCAAUGCAAAAGCUCUGGCAGAGUGUGGCAGUUUUAGGGUAGACAAUGAAUAUCCUAAUCUGAAUGGAUAAAUAAUCUGUAUAGGUUGUGGCCAUUUCCUACAGGAAUCCAGUUCCUUGCCAGAGAUGAGGACUUGCAGAAACACCAAUUAUCAGUCUUGUUAAAUCGACAAAUGUGAAUCAAAUGCUAGCAUAAGUAUGAGAGAAGUACCUAUGUAUUCAUUAUUGUGGAAAUUUAGUAUCAGAAUGCGUACCUGGUGAGAAAUUUUUUAAAAUCAUUUAUCGUUAAUUUUCUUUGAUGAGUUCCUAGCUGCUAGAACCUGGAUAGCUGGUCUCAUCUUUGCAAUGUUGGCCUUCCUCUUUGAUGAGGUCCUUCUUCCUACGUGAUGUUUUAGGGUGUGCAUAUUUAUGAGCAUUAUUGCAUAUUAAAUUGUAUAGUUCUAUCACGCAAUGGUGAAUGGUUAUUUCGCAAUAUCCUUCUGAAUUCUCCAGUCUAGGAAUUUGCCAUACUACUGAUAGCAAGUACCAUAAUCUAUUUUUCUUGUAA